UUCUUCGCCUCUCCGAAAGGGUACUUGUAGCUAGUCGUGUCGUGGAACCUCGUCUCAUUUUAAAAUAACGUCUGUUGCGGUUCGGUCGUGAAAGUAUUUAACGCUGCCAGCUACUUGUAGGACUACCAACCACUAAACCUAAUUGGCUUCUGUCCGAGUAUGGUUUGUGGCCUCUAGGCAUAGUCAACGGCGGUCAGCUUGUGGUCCUCUUAUCGCGUAUUUCCGCCGGAGUGUAUGCAACACGGCUAACAAGUCCAGGAAUCACACGUAGGGGGCGCAAUUUUGGUGCCACCGCAGCCGUCACGUUCGGUGUUUCCCGUUGUCGUUAACGGGGAACGGAUCAAUCGUCGGCAGUGCCGUCAGGUUUGGAAAUUAAAAGUGCAUAAAAUCGGAGGUAAUUACCACAGCCCCAGUGAAGAAAACGAGUGUGAGCGAAAAUGGGUGCCUUGAAGAAAAUGACACGCUGUGGUAGCAUAAGUACAUUGUUCGCGGUGCUAAUAGUGCUGUUUGGCGUCAGUUCGUCGGCCCUGACCACAUUCGGCAAGUCCAACACACAGAAUCAACAGGCUCCGCAGCCAACACGGGCACCAGUGAUAGCCAAAGAAUGUGUCAACCACGGUGACUGCGCCACGAUAGUGAACACCAGCUGUGUGCAAGCCGCGGAUGGGAAAAUGCGAUGCCUCUGUGGAGACUUUGAGGCGCCCGAAAAUGGCUACUGCAAGGCCAAAUACAAAGGUCUCAACCAUCUCUGCACGGACAACUUGCAGUGCGACAUCGGCAUGAUUUGCACGAUAAAGAACGUCACCAAAACUACCACCUUGGUGACUAGUAAAACCUUCAUGACCAGUAAUAUGCUGCACAACAACAACACCAACUAUAAGAUGUGCCUGUGCGAUAAGCAGGUGGGCUACGUCGAAGAUAAGCAUGAUUAUCGUCACUGUAGCGGGGCGCUUCCUGUGGUCUUAUCGGCAUCCUUGCUGGGACCCAUGCUGUUCGCCAUUCUCUGCUGUACGGUGCUUCGAAAACCGUUCAAUCACUGGUUUGCAGACAUAUAGACCCUCGAUUUUGGGGACGUAGCUUUAAAUCAACAUUAAUCAUUUUCAUAGUUUUACAAACGAGGUUAUCAUAGCUUUAGGAAACGCGCGCUGCUGAACAUGAUUGUGAUCGCUAACUUAAGUGCUGAGAGAUGAACAAAAAAAAGUCAAAAGCACAGAUGCAGAUAUUUAGCUUUGCAAGGGGCCGAACUCCCCUCUCGUAAACUUUAUGACACUAUAAAUCAUGCCUUCUUAUGAUCAACACUUCAACUGCACCAUCCAUGAUUAUGUGAACAGAAAUAUCAAAAUCCAAAAGGUAAGAACAAAUCUAGCGCCAAUUCGUGUGUGAAUUUUACAAAUAUCUUAGAAUAUAGAAACAGAUUCGUGGCUAUUUUUGUAUGUCGCUUUUGUACUGCUGCACAAGAAAAUACAAUGGCAAGGCAAUUCAUAUUAAAAUUACCCGACACUAAAGGCAAAUUUCAGAUACAAAUCUGAAUUAUUUUAAUAAAUGACAGAAACAAAUGUUUCUUAUGCACCAUAUAUAAAAUACUAAUUGAAAACAUAUCAAUAAGGAUAAGGAACAAGACGUACUUUAUUUUUCCCUACUAACAUCCAGAUGGUAUCGGCUCGAUUCAAAUACCACAUAUGUAUGACAAAAAAAAACGCAAGAAUUAUAAAGGAACAGGAUUAUUAGGAUAGUGAAUAUUCUGUAAUUUAGACUUUUAUAGCUGUAUUACUUAAAUUUUUGGCAAUUAUGCAGAUGAGUUCGAAAUUACAAAAAAAAAACACUAUGAGAUGGCAACAUCUUUUAUUUCUUUUUUCGGCUCUAUUACCUAUAUGACAUAGCAUUAUACAUAUCAAAUAAACCUGAAUAAUUUUA